AUGCUUUUAGGUGGCAUUACCGCUGUUCUUGGGCCUUCGAGUUCGGGAAAAUCAGUUCUUAUGAAGGUCCUCACCGGCCGGCUGCCCACGCUCUCAUGUGCUGGGGAGGUAACCUUCUGCGGCAAGCGGAUUGAUCCGAACUCACAGGAUAAUGGUUUCGGUUUUGUGCCUCAGGAGGAUAGCCUUAUCGGCGACCUCACGAUUCGAGAAACAUUCGAAGUCGCGGCGAGGUUGAGGAAUGUGGGAACGAUUGAGGAGGCGAGCAAGGCUUCCAAUGAGGUGAUUAAUGGGCUGGGGUUGAGCAAGGUGGGGGACAACGUCAUCGGCACGAUUCUCAAGCGCGGGCUGUCCGGCGGCGAAAAGAGGAGGACCACGGUGGGACAAGAGCUUGUCGUCAAGCAAGCGAUGGCGUUCUUGGAUGAGCCUACCUCGGGAUUGGACGGCACGGCUGCAUACGAUGUCCUCAAGACGGUCAAGGACUUUACGACCAGAAGCAAGGGCGGCUUCUCGGUGAUCAUGAGCAUUCACCAGCCCAACGGGCGUAUCCUCGAGUUAUUUGACCACAUCCUGUUGCUCGGAAGAGGAGGGUCGAUAUUUUUCGGCACCCUGCCGGAAGCGAUCCAACACUUCACGGACAUCGGCCACCCGCCCCCCGCCGGGCAGGUCCCGACAGACUUCUUUAUGCAGGUGACGGAAGGUUCAAUCGCACUGCCGACUAUGGGCGACAUCAACUUCACUCAGGUCUACGCCACGUCCGACACGCACGCAAAUACGGUCCACGCGCUAGAGAUUAGCAAGGCGAAAAUGCUUGUGAGGCUAACCAAUGGUAUCGUGAACCCCACAUUCGAGCGGCCGGGCUUCCUGAGGCAGUUGUCUACUCUAUUGUGGCGCGAUUCCGUGGUUGCCGUGCGAGAUCCCACCCUGUACUACCUCCAGUUUGUCUUGCACGUGCUGUACGGUUUCUUCGUCGGGACUACCUUCUGGAAUGUUCCAACGACUCUCGACGACCGCCAGACACAGCUAGCGGCGUCGUGCAUGUGGAUCAUCAUGCUUCAGUCUUAUGUGCACGUUUUCAAGGUAUUCUACCUCGUGAACAGCAAUCGGCGGUUUGCCAAUGAACGCUCCAACCUGUCGUAUGGAGUGACGUCGUUCUUCCUCGCUGAGACGAUCGUGACGUGUCUGGCGCAGCUCCUGUGGGUUCCCGGGUGCUCUCUUGCGUUCUUCAUGAUUGGCCUCCCGGCAGACGCGUACCUAUUCUCCAUGCUGGCGCUUUACGUGGGGGCGCUCGCCGCGGAGGGGAUGAUCAACCUCAUCACCAAGUUUACGAACAACCCGAGCAUCGCGAUCGUGAUAUCGCAGGCGGCCCUAGUGAUCCUCACCGUCUUCGCCGGAGGCAUCUUUAUCCCUUUCGACGAGAUCCCGGAGUACUGGAGCUGGGUGGAGGUCUGGUCCGUCUACAAGCACUGCUCUCGAGCUUUUCUGAUGGCCAUCUUUGAGCACGUGCUGUACGACUGUCCGUCGGGUUCGGUGACGCUGACGACCCCGGACGACUCCACCGCCAACCAAGGCUGGUGCACGACGUUCCAGGACACGUACGAGUGCAACGAGAGCUUCGACGAUAAUACCAUGCUCUGCGAGGUGGAAGGAACCGUAGUACUGGACAUCAACGCGGGCGGGCUCUCGGGAAACAAGUGGAAUUUCCUCGGCCAUACCAUCGCGCUGGUCGUGGUGUUCCGCGCCGGCGUGUUAUUUUUCCUCAAGUUCCCCAAGGAGGCCAUCAUCCAUGCCAUCAAAUCCCGCCUAGCCUCCCCCGUAGUCAGUACUUCCCUGCAGCACCAGUCGGAGAUCCAGAUGCUCUGGGGCGAGAUCGUGAAACUGAAGAAGGCGGCAACACCCUCGGUCACUCCUGCUGCCAUGGAAGAGGCCACGGCGAAGCCGUCUGCACAACUUCAACGAAGAGCCACCUUAAAGGCGUUGAAGGAAGAAGGCGAGGGUAUGGUUCCUUCCUGCCACAGCGCGGAGAAUGCUCAGGAAAAGGCGCUGGUGUUCCGUGACAUCACUCUCAAGCUACGGUCGAAGGAAAAAAUUCUGAUUGACAGCGUGACCGGUAAAGCCACCGCCGGCCGCGUCCUCGCUCUUAUGGGACCCUCCGGUGCGGGGAAAACAACGCUACUGAAUGCCCUGGGCGGAAGAGCGACGUACGGCGAGGUGUCCGGCGCCGUCACCCUCGGCGGACGGCCGCUGACAAGCGAGGACCUGAACUACGUGCCCCAGUUCGACGAGCACAGCGAGCGGUUCACCCCGAGGGAAAUCCUCACCUACAUGAAACAUCUCCAGGUGGUCCCCAAACCUAGGUCUAACCGAAAGAGCGUAAUAGAACUCCUGCACAUCCUGGGGCUGAGUCUUAAGGCGGACGUUAUGGUGGGGACCCUGUCCGGGGGGGAGCAGAAGCGGCUAAGUAUCGGCAUGGGGAUGGUUGCCGAACCGGAGGUUCUUUUCCUGGACGAACCGACGACGGGAUUGGAUAGCGCUUCCGCCCACUCGGUGGUGAAGUACAUCUCCAACCUCGCCAGGCAGACCAAUGUGGUCUGCAUCAUGACGAUCCACCAGCCUGCCAGCGAGGUGUUCGACAUGAUCGAGGACCUGAUGCUGAUGGAGAGCGGUAAGCUGACGUACUUCGGGACGACCAAGAACGCGAGAAACUUCUUUGACUCGUUGGCGGGAGAGUGCCCCUCGAGUGUCAACCCGGCAGACUACUACCUCGAUCUGAUCUCGCAGCCCCCGUCCAUUGACGUCGGCAAGGGCGCAACGUGGCAGGAGCUGUACUACAACAGCGAGUUCAACAUAGACAUCCCCAACAGCACGGUACGCACGGACAAGGAGCCCGGCGACGGCGACGGCGAUGGCGGGCGGCCCCGGCCCCACUGGAGCGUGGUCGCGCGCACCCUGCUGGACACUCAGCUCGAGUACUACUGGAGAGCGACCGAGGUGCACUGGUUUAGGAUUCUGGAGCUGAUUGUGCUUGCGAUUUUCGUCGGCACCAUGUACUUCCGACUGGGCAAAGACAGGAUCGCGGAGACGGCGGCCGCCGCGUUCUUCAACAUGUGGUGCGCGCUUUUCGCAGUAGUGGCGUCUGUGCCCGCCUUCGCCAGAGACCGCCGUCGAAUCCUCCAGGAGAUGCUCAACGGGGCAUACGGGCCCACGAUGUACUGCUGCACGCAGUUCUUGGCAUCGGCUCCGUUCAUCCUCGUGUCGGCGCUCGUGUACCAAUCAAUCUUCCACUGGCUGGUUGGCUUCAACGACAGCGUCUACGCCUACAUCUACGCCGUGCUGCUGACGGCAUCUCUGCUCUUCAUGAUGGAGGCCAUCAUGCUCAUGGCGUCAUAA